AGACCAAUAAGCUUCAAUAGAGUUCUCUGUCAAAUCAGGUUGUAUGGGCUUUUGUUGUCGAGCCUAGAUGUCACAAUAUUGGAUAGAAAGAACACUUCCCGAUGCCAAGAUCAGAAACACCUAGAAUAUAGUCAUGGGUAUUCUGAAAUUGAUGCCCCAAACUGUUGGCUUGUGAGUAUCUUCAGUGAAUUAUAUAAACCAGAAUCCCUUCAUGUUUUCUUUUCAUUCCAAUUUUUCCGAUCUCACUAUCACUGCCAAUGGCAUCAUCUGAUCUCAAAUCAGCCGCGUUACUGGACCAGAUGAAGACCCACUUCUCUACCGACGCCGGCAAAGCCCUCACCAAAAAAAUCGGACUUGUAUAUCAAAUUCACAUCGCUCCCAAGAAAAUGGGAUUCAACGAGGAGAUUUACGUCGUCGAUCUGAAGAAAGGAGAGGUUACUAAAGGCGCAUAUGAAGGAGGAAAACCAGAUGCCACCUUUUCUUUCACAGAUCCGGAUUUCUUCAAAAUUGCUACUGGAAAAAUGAAUCCUCAAAUUGCUUUCAUGAGAGGUAAAAUGAAGGUGAAGGGGAGUUUGAGUGCAGCCCAGAAGUUCACUCCUGACAUCUUUCCUAAACCCUCAAAGAUGACAAUGUUGUUAAUGUGUAAUGGUGUUGAUUAUGUUUCAUGUGAUUCAUUUAUAGCAAUGCCAAUUGAUCCACAAUAG